AUGACAAUACUCAGUUGGGAUGUGACCUGGCUGAGUAUUAUUUUCGUCGCUUCGUUUUGCGAAGCAGUCGAGGUGUAUACCAACCACUUUCAUGUCCACACCAAGGGAUCGGGAUUAGAAAACGCCCACAAAAUUGCCAAGAGACAUGGUUUCAUCAACAGAGGAUCGGUUCUGGGUUCGGAAAAUGAAUUUCAUUUUGUGCAACCAGCAUUAUCACAUGCGAGAACGAAACAAUCAAUUGGGCAUCACGCAAAAUUACAGAACGAUGACGAUGUUCUACAUGCUGAACAACUCACCGGAUACAAACGUAUGAAGCGAGGGUACAGACCACUAGCAGAACGUCUACAAAGCCAAUUUGAUUUCUCCUCUGUACAAUCUCCUACUGAUCCACUCUACAGUUAUCAAUGGUAUCUGAAAAACGUCGGCCAAGCGGGUGGAAAAGCGCGUCUUGAUCUGAAUGUCGAAAAAGCAUGGGCAUUAGGAUUCACAGGGAAGAACGUCACCACGGCAAUUAUGGAUGAUGGAGUCGACUACAUGCAUCCAGAUCUCAAGAACAAUUUUAAUGCCGAGGCUAGUUACGAUUUCUCAUCCAACGAUCCGUUUCCAUAUCCGAGAUAUACCGAUGACUGGUUCAAUUCACACGGUACGAGAUGCGCUGGAGAGAUCGCUGCGGCUCGUGAUAAUGGCGUGUGUGGUGUUGGUGUCGCCUAUGAUAGCAAGGUUGCCGGUAUUCGAAUGCUAGAUCAGCCAUACAUGACCGAUCUCAUUGAGGCCAAUUCCAUGGGCCACGAGCCGAACAAGAUCCACAUUUACUCAGCCAGCUGGGGUCCAACCGAUGACGGUAAAACUGUGGAUGGACCACGAAAUGCCACCAUGCGAGCAAUUGUCAAAGGAGUCAAUGAGGGUCGUAACGGUCUUGGUUCAAUAUUCGUCUGGGCGUCUGGAGAUGGAGGUGAAGAUGAUGACUGUAAUUGUGACGGAUAUGCUGCAUCGAUGUGGACAAUUUCUAUCAAUAGCGCCAUCAAUAAUGGAGAAAACGCCCACUAUGAUGAAUCAUGUUCUUCAACACUCGCGUCUACAUUUUCAAAUGGUGGACGAAAUCCCGAAACCGGUGUCGCAACCACGGAUCUGUAUGGACGCUGCACUCGAUCGCACUCAGGGACCUCAGCCGCUGCUCCAGAAGCAGCUGGCGUGUUUGCUUUAGCACUCGAAGCCAACCCGAAGUUAACUUGGCGUGAUCUUCAACAUCUGACUGUGCUCACAUCGACACGUAACUCAUUAUUUGACGGACGUUGUCGCGAUCUUCCUGAUUUGGGCGAUGAUAACCAGAAGGGCUCUAAAGGCAAUUGCACGCACUUUGAAUGGCAAAUGAAUGGUGUUGGACUGGAAUACAAUCAUCUUUUCGGCUUUGGUGUUUUAGAUGCUGCUGAAAUGGUUAUGCUUGCUAUGGUGUGGAAAACAGCUCCGCCUCGUUAUCAUUGCACUUUUCCUUUAAAAGAGGUUUAUUUUAAUGAAAUCCCUGAAAAUGGUAACUUGAUACUUGAACUGGAUACAAAUGCUUGCCUCGGUACACCAACUGAAGUAAGAUAUCUGGAACACGUACAAGCCGUCGUCUCUUUCAACUCUACCCGUCGUGGUGACACAACGCUCUAUUUGGUGUCCCCAAUGGGAACUCGGACAAUGAUUCUAUCUCGACGUCCGAAAGAUGAGGAUGCUAAAGAUGGUUUCACUAACUGGCCAUUUAUGACUACGCAUACUUGGGGUGAAAAUCCGAUCGGCAAAUGGCGACUGAUUGCGAGAUUCCAGGGACCUGGUAUGCAUCGUGGAACGUUGAAAAAGUUUUCGUUGAUGCUUCAUGGUACCAAAGAACCACCGUAUGUUGGCAUCGAACCGCUACUCGGCCACGUUAAUUCAAAGCUGGAAGUCGUUCAGACUGCGCACAAACGAAUCUCACCGUAA